CUGUUUGCCGGUCAAAUCGCAAUCGCAAUUAAACUGAAUCAAACAAAGCCUUAAUCUCUCUCUCACUCUCAUCAAGCUUUCUCUGUUUAGUCAAUCUCUAGACUAAACGAAUAAGAAGAAUAUCUCUAGACAAAUCGUUGCCGGAAAAAGACCAAUUUCUUCGUCAAAUUCCUGCACAAUCGAGCUGAAAAGCAGCUCAAAUCGAAGAUCAUUCACUGCUACAGAUCUGAUCCAGAUUCAUCAAAUCUUAGUUUCUGGUUCAACAAUCGAAUUCAGAAUCUUCCUACUGGAUCGUAGUCAUGCCGGUGGCUGCUUCCGCCAUCUACUUCUUGAAUCUCCGUGGAGAUGUCCUAAUCAAUCGCCGCUAUCGCGAUGACGUCGAAGGAAAUAUGGUAGAUGCUUUCCGUAUGAAUAUAAUGCAGACAAAAGAACUUGGUACAUGUCCUGUAAGGCAGAUUGGUGGUUGCUCUUUCCUGUACAUGAGAAUCAGCAAUGUAUAUAUAGUGAUUGUUGUAAGCAGUAAUGCCAAUGCUGCUUGUGGUUUCAAGUUUCUAGUUGAGGCUGUUGCACUAUUCAAAUCAUACUUCGGCGGGGCUUUUGAUGAAGAUGCUAUUCGCAAUAAUUUUGUUCUGAUAUAUGAGCUUUUAGAUGAAAUUAUGGACUUUGGUUAUCCUCAAAAUCUUUCUCCAGAAAUUCUAAAGCUUUACAUCACUCAAGAAGGUGUAUGGUCACCAUUCUCCUCCAAGCCUGUAGAUAGACCAGUUCCAAAUGCAACACUACAAGUUACGGGGGCUGUUGGAUGGCGCAGAGAAGGUCUUGCUUACAAAAAGAAUGAGGUGUUUCUGGAUAUCGUGGAAAGUGUGAACCUUCUUAUGUCUUCAAAAGGUAGCGUUCUACGAUGUGAUGUGUCUGGAAAAGUUCUAAUGAAAUGUUUUCUUUCUGGAAUGCCUGAUCUAAAGCUUGGCCUAAAUGAUAAAAUUGGACUUGAGAAAGAGUCGGAACUUAAAUCCCGCCCCACUAAGAGUGGAAAGACGAUUGAGCUUGAUGAUGUAACUUUUCAUCAAUGUGUGAAUCUAACAAGAUUUAACUCAGAGAAGACGGUUAGUUUCGUUCCACCAGAUGGUGAAUUUGAGUUGAUGAAGUAUCGUAUCACUGAGGGUGUAAACCUUCCAUUUCGUGUUUUGCCAACCAUCAAGGAAUUAGGACGCACACGUAUGGAAGUAAAUGUUAAGGUAAAGAGUAUAUUUGGUGCAAAAAUGUUUGCGCUUGGAGUUGUUGUCAAGAUUCCAGUGCCCAAACAAACUGCAAAAGCAAAUUUCCGAGUGACAACAGGACGAGCAAAAUAUGAUGCAGCUAUUGAUUGUAUAGUUUGGAAGAUAAGAAAAUUUCCUGGACAAACUGAACCUACCUUGAGUGCUGAAGUGGAAUUAAUCUCCACAAUGAAUGAAAAGAAAUCAUGGACUAGGCCACCUAUUCAGAUGGAAUUCCAGGUUCCAAUGUUUACAGCUUCUGGAUUACGUGUUCGUUUCCUUAAGGUAUGGGAAAAGAGCGGAUACAACACGGUUGAGUGGAUUCGUUACAUUACUAAAGCUGGCUCAUAUGAGAUUAGAUGCUAGUCACAAACGGAAGGCAAGUAUGAAUGUUAUGAUUUGGAUAAUGGAGGAUUUCAAUGGCGGUUUAGUUGUGUUUAGGAAACUUAAAUCACUAUUUACUUCUAUUUUUUUCUACUUAGCAAUGUGGAAGCUAAAUACCCCAUAUGAUUGAUUAUAUGAACAAUUGGGAUUGGUCUUACAGUGAUUCUGAUUUUCUUGGA